CAUCCUUAUCCUCAUAUUCUACACUUGGCACCAAAAUGGAGAAAGCACAGCUUGUGUUCGUCCCCUCCCCCGGUAUAGGCCACCUUGUAUCGGCAGUGGAGGUAGCAAAGCUUCUUCUUACUCGCCAACACCAGCUCUCCAUCACUGUCCUUAUCCUUAAUCAUUCUUUUUUCGACUCCAAAAUUCAUAAAUACAUUGAAUCGCAAAGAGCUUCUUCCUCCCCUAUAUCCAAUCGUCUCGGAUUCAUUGAUCUGCCCAAAGAUGAGACUGAAAUAUUUAAUUUAUCUUCUUUCAUUGAAAGACAAAAACCCCAUGUCAAAGAAGCUGUGCUGAAGAUCAUUCAGUCAGAGUCAAGCGUUGAAUCGGCUCAGCUGGCGGGUUUUGUUAUCGAUAUGUUCUGCGCGUCGAUGAUAGAUGUGGCCAAUGAAUUUGGUGUUUCGUCUUACAUAUUCUAUACGUCAGGUGCGGCCUUUCUUGGUUUCAUGCUUUAUGUGCAGAAGAUUCAUGAUGAAGAGAAAUUUGACCCCAUCGAGUUCAAGGACUCAAAUACCGAGUUACUGGUGCCGAGUUUGGUAAACCAAUUUCCUAGUGGGGUUAUGCCUUCAGCGUUGUUGAGUAGAGAGUGGCUUCCUCCUUUACUUGACAGCACAAGAAGGUUUGGAGAAGCUAAGGGUAUUAUAAUAAAUACAUUUUUAGAGCUAGAAUCCCAUGCGAUUGAGUCUUUGAAAAUGUCUGCUGUUUACCCUGUGGGACCCAUUUUAGAUGUGGGGUCCGAUGGAAGAAACACUCACCGCGAAAUCAUGCAAUGGCUUGAUGAUCAGCCUCCGUCAUCAGUUGUAUUCCUGUGCUUCGGGAGCCAUGGAAGUUUUGAUGAGGAUCAAGUGAACGAGAUUGCCUAUGCAUUAGAGCAUAGUGGUCAGCGAUUCUUGUGGUCCUUACGCCGACCGCCACCUCCAGGUCUCCAAGCAUCUCCCAGUGACUAUGAGGAUCCACAACAAGUCUUGCCCGAAGGAUUCUUGGAUCGAACGGUUGGGAUUGGAAAGGUGAUGGGGUGGGCUCCACAAGUAGCUGUGUUGGCCCAUCCAGCCAUAGGAGGAUUUGUUUCACAUUGUGGAUGGAAUUCUAUACUGGAAAGCAUAUGGUUUGGUGUCCCAAUUGCCACGUGGCCAAUGUAUGCAGAACAACAGUUUAAUGCCUUUGAAAUGGUGAUGGAAUUGGGAUUAGCAGUAGAAAUUAAAAUGGAUUAUAGGAAGCAUAGUGGAGUAAUUGUAAAUUGUGAUGAAAUAGAGGGAGGAAUAAAUUGUUUGAUGAAGCAUGAUAGUAAGCAAAGGAAGAAGGUGAAGGAGAUGAGUGAGAAGAGCAGAAUGGCAUUAAUGGAAGGUGGAUCUUCGUGCUCUUGGUUAGAAAGUCUAAUAAAAGAUAUGAUGAAUAAUUUAGCAUAAAAUAAUUAUAAUAAAGUUAUUAUUUUUAAAUUUAAUGAAAGUCUGAGUAAUAAUUGAUAGGUUAUAUAAUAAGAUGUAUUCAUUUUCUCAUAAAAUAAGUAGUUGAGGAGAUUCGAAUUUAAGAUC